AGUUGCACCCUUCAAGGCACACAAACAGGUCAUUUGAAUGUGACCUACUCUCCCCUCACCCCUUCAUCAAUUCGGCUCAGAGGCUGCUCCUCCUCAGUCCUGAGUCUCCUGUCCUCAUCUCCAUUUUGUUUUCUCCUCCUCCUCCUCUCUCUCUCUCUCUCUCUCUCUCUCUCUCUCUGUCUCUCUGGUGGAGUGCAGUGCAGAGAUUCAAGAAGUUCAAGAUCGAACAGGCCUGCUGAUCAUGCCUUGUGCUGCGGCCGAGCUCGCCAAUGGCGAGGCGGCGGCAGCAGCAGCAUGCGCGGUGAAGGUCGGCACGACCGGCACCAUCGGCUCGCUGAUGACGAGGGAGCUGGAGGCCAUCAAGGCCGCGCCGCCGCACGCCACAGCCGCGGCGACGACGCCGCGGCGGCUGAGGCGGCAGAGCAGCCCGGUGUCGGUGCCAUGCGGAGCCAGCCCGAGGAAGAUCGCCGCGCUGAGGAAGAGCUCGUCCAGCCUCUCCACCACCAGCAGCGGCGGCGGCAGCGGGCGGCGCACUGACCGCGUGAGCGCCGAGGAGUCGUCGGCGUGCAAGACGGCGGCGUGCAGGAGGAGCUCUAGUACCACGCCGGCCAGCUCCCCGAUGCUCGCGGCGGACGUCGACCGGAGCGGCGGCGGCGGCAAGGCGAAGAAGGCGGCGGCGAGGGGGCGCCGCGGCGUCGGCGGCGUGGAGGUGGUGGACGUGAGGUGCGGGAACCCGAUGAGCAGCCGGCUGAGGAGGCUGGGAUUCUCCAAGCUGUCGGAGACGUUCGCGUGAGCAGAAUCAGAUCGUCUUCAGUCCUGACGGCGAGCUGUGUCGCGAAUUGCAAUUCGGAAUUGCAUUAUGUUUGCUAUAGUAAUUAUAUUGUUGUUAUUAAAAUUUUCUUUUGCUGGUUUCUCUCGUGUAUGGGUAUGACCAAAUUAAGUUAAUUUAUGAGAAGCGUUUUGCCAUCGUCGCAAUGCAAGUUCUUCGUGGUGAUGUGUAUGAUGUACCCGUAAUUGCGUAUUUUAACUUUUGGAGUGAAUGUCUCCUCGUUUUU